AUGCCUCCGCGCGUGCAGCCGAAGCGAAAAGCCGCAGCCAAAGCUGCCGCAGCCAAGGAAGACGAACCGGAAGAGGAUGAGGAGCCUGAGGAACCUGAGGAGGCAGAGGCAGAGGAUGAAGACGCCGAUGAGGAACCUCCGAUGAAGAAGGCAAAGGCGCUUCCGGCUCGCGGCGCUGUGAUGGCCAAGGCGAAGGCCAAGGCCAAAGCAAAAGGCAAGGCCAAGGCCAAGGCUGCGCCAGGCCGUGGUGGUGUGAUCAAAGCGGCUACGAAGGCUGCUGCGAAGGCAAUUGCCGCAAAGGAAUUUGCAGCUGUCGCCUCCAAAUUGAAGAAAACCAAGAGCAAGGAGACAGUGGCUGGUGAGGGCAAGUGGUACUACAUGAGCGACCUGAGGAAAAUGAAGGUCGGUACAGACGAUCCAAAGGCCUGGACAGCCUACAAUGCCAAGAUGAACAAGCAGCUGGAAACGGCAUAUAGCAAAGGCUGCAAGCAAUACACCAUGACCCUCGGAGACAAGAAGUACUGCGUCAAGCACCUGGGCAAACUUAGUAAAAUGGUUGCCAUGGAUCACCUCUCUUCCAGUCCUGAGUUUGUCGAGGUCAUCAAAGGUGCAAAUCCAGGCAGUGCUCAGAAAGCGUUGUCGCUGCUCAAGCACCAGGCUGUGAAGAUCACUGGCCUGUGCCUGGAUGGUGGAGUGGCCGCCGAGGUUCAAAGCGAGAGCGGCCCACGAAAGUACACGUUGCGCGUGGGACGUGCCUCUACAGGCGAAGUGGAUGCGAGGUGCAGCUGUGUGGAUUUUAGGACCCGUGGCGGGCUCUGCAAGCACGGCCUAGCUGCCGCCCUCUUUCUCUUGCAAGCUGGCCAUGAGCUGCCUGAGGUUGCAGCCUCGGGGCCUCAGAAGCGGCCACGCGAGCGGCCCCAAGCCACUCCUACCCGCAAUUCGGUGGAGCAAGUUACGAACUCUCCCGAAGAGGUCGAUGAAGCCCUGCCAGCUUUGAAGAGGCCUCAAUUUCCGAAGCCAAAGGCAGCAAGCGCGAGCGCCAUCAGCCAAAUCCAACGAGGCUUCUUCCUUCGCCAACUGCAGACAGCGGCUGCAGGAGGCAACCACGCAAGCUUCACUCGGGACCUUCAGCGAAUUACCGAGCCGCUUGGGCAGGAUGAGGCAUCGGUGCUGCUUCACAAGGCCAUCCAUGGCAAUGAUGCAGCCGGUGCAGAGAAGGUGGUCCAGGCUCUCAUCGCACGACCAGAGGGUGCUGCAGCGGUGCGUGCAGGCGUGCCCGAUCAGCUGGGCAGAACACCUUUGCACGCGGCGGUGGCAGCCAACAGGUUACACAUUUGCCGCGCCCUCCUCGCAGCCAAUGCUGAUCCUGGGUUACCGGAUGGGCAUGGGGUCUCUGCCGUGGAGCUGGCAAGCCGCAGGAAGUUCGAUGCGUCCAAAGGC